UGGGAGUUUGCAAAUCUAGCAGCUGGAGUCUGUUGUGGUAGCUGCUUUCCUGUGCUAAGCUGAUUUACUUGUUUAAGGUCUGACCUCAUCAUCCUGUCGGUAUGGGGUCCCACCUACACUGUUAGCUGCCGCUUUCUGCUUCAGCUGGAAAGCUGGAAGUAUUCGCAGUGUAUUACAAACAGUGGGGGAGGGGGGAACAAGAGAGACUGCUCUCGACACUUGUGCUUUUGUUAGUCCUACAGAAGAGGCAGAGAAACGAGAUAACAAAGGCUGUUUCCCUUCUGUGAGAGAAGGCUUUCGUCUUUCCUCCUGCAACAAUGUCAGUGUCUGGCAAGAAAGAGUUUGAUGUGAAACAGAUCCUAAGGCUACGCUGGAGAUGGUUUAGUCAUCCUUCUCAAGGCUCACCCAACACUGGAAACUGCCUUCAGCAGGAAGGAUAUGAGCAUAGAGAGACCCCGGUUCGGGGCAGAUUGAAGAACCACUCUCGGGACAGAAAUGGACUGAAAAAAAGCAACAGUCCUGUCCUCCACAGCAUACUACCACCAGAGCCAGAAUUGGCCCCUGCCCAUCAAAGAGCCCUUCAGAACUGGCACUCAGGAAAACUGAUAGAACAUCUUCGAGCAAAUGAAGAUACUCCUAAAGCGGUUUCAUGGAAUUUGUUCAAAGAAGCUUAUGAGAAACACUCACACGAUGUGGAGAUGAUGGCUGAUGACAAUACAGAAGAUUCUACAGCAGGACUGGCUACACAGCAUGCUGAAGACAUGAGUGUUAGCAGAUUUGAGGAGCAGUUCCAUGCUGUAAACCAUGCACAACAAACUCUUCAAAAAAUGGAGAACUACUUGAAAGAGAAACAACUGUGUGAUGUGUUACUCAUUGCUGGACAUCUCCGGAUUCCAGCCCAUCGGUUGGUUCUUAGUGCAGUGUCUGAUUAUUUUGCUGCGAUGUUUACUAAUGAUGUGCUUGAAGCCAAACAAAAAGAGGUCAAGAUGGAAGGAAUCGAUCCUAAUGCACUUAAUUCCUUGGUGCAGUAUGCUUACACAGGUAUCCUGCAAUUGAAAGAAGAUACUAUUGAAAGUUUGCUGGCUGCAGCUUGUCUCCUGCAGCUGACUCAAGUCAUUGAAGUCUGCUCCAAUUUUCUUAUAAAGCAGCUCCACCCUUCAAACUGCUUAGGGAUUCUAUCAUUUGGAGAUGCCCAAGGCUGUACAAAGCUCCUAAAUGUGGCAUAUAGAUACACAAUGGAACACUUCAUCGAGGUAAUACAGAACCAAGAAUUCCUCCUCCUUCCAGCUAAUGAGAUUUCAAAACUUUUGUGCAGUGAUGACAUUAAUGUGCCUGAUGAAGAAACCAUUUUCCAUGCUCUAAUGCUGUGGGUGGGGCAUGAUGUGCAGGCUAGGCAACAAGACCUAGCAAUGCUGCUUUCUUACAUCAGAUUGCCGUUACUUCCACCACAGUUACUGGCAGAUCUUGAAAACAGCUCCUUGUUUACUGGUGAUCUUGAAUGUCAGAAACUCCUGAUGGAAGCUAUGAAGUAUCAUCUCUUACCUGAGAGAAGACCCAUGAUGCAAAGUCCUAGGACAAGGCCUAGAAAAUCAACCAUGGGAGCACUUUAUGCUGUAGGAGGCAUGGAUGCUAUGAAAGGUACCACUACAAUUGAAAAAUAUGACCUCCGGACCAACCGCUGGCUACAUAUUGACACCAUGAAUGGGCGUAGGUUUCAGUUUGGAGUUGCUGUUAUUGAUAACAAACUCUAUGUUGUGGGAGGAAGAGAUGGUUUAAAAACUUUGAAUACUGUGGAAUGUUUUAAUCCAGUUGGCAAAAUCUGGACAGUGAUGCCUCCCAUGUCAACACACAGGCAUGGUUUAGGUGUAGCCACACUUGAAGGACCAAUGUAUGCUGUUGGUGGCCAUGAUGGAUGGAGUUAUCUAAAUACUGUAGAAAGAUGGGACCCUGAAGGACGUCAGUGGAAUUAUGUGGCCAGUAUGUCAACUCCUAGAAGCACAGUUGGUGUAGUCACAUUAAACAAUAAGCUAUAUGCUAUUGGUGGACGUGAUGGAAGUUCCUGCCUUAAAUCUAUGGAAUAUUUUGACCCACACACUAACAGGUGGAGUUUGUGUGCUCCAAUGUCCAAAAGACGUGGAGGUGUAGGAGUUGCAACAUACAAUGGAUUCUUAUAUGUGGUUGGGGGUCAUGAUGCCCCUGCUUCUAACCAUUGCUCCAGACUUUCUGCCUGUGUUGAACGGUAUGAUCCAAAAAAUGAUUCAUGGUCAACUGUAGCACCUCUGAGUGUUCCUCGAGAUGCUGUUGCUGUAUGUCCCCUUGGAGACAGACUCUAUGUGGUUGGAGGAUAUGAUGGACAUACUUAUUUGAACACUGUUGAAUCGUAUGAUGCACAGAAAGAUGAAUGGAGAGAGGAAGUUCCUGUUAACAUUGGAAGAGCUGGUACAUGUGUUGUGGUGCUGAAGCUACCAUAAACUAUCUUUAUCAAAGGGGAGGAAACCGCAUAAUUUCAAGAAAUGAAGUAGGAAGAGAAGAGGAAGAAGAAACAUGUCCUUUCCUUCGAUUAGUAAUCAACAUGAAAAUUCUUAUAACCAUACAUUUUAAUGUAUGGUUAUAAAUACUCUCAUUUGUGAAGCCAAAGUAAGUUUUUGAACAUAAAUUACAUAUGGGUGUUUAGUGUAUAUGUUGUUACAGUUAAUAUAAAUGAAAAGCCAGUAGUCUAGGUUUAGCCUUAUUAUUUUAAAAUGUUAAAAAUGCUUCAGGGAAAUUGAUAGUGACCAAAGUAUUAAAGAUUAUAAAAGUAUGGGUAAUUUUAAGUUAAGAGUCUGAUAAGUUAAGAAUAUUGUCUAUUUCCAAAAAAAAAAAAAAAAAAAAGGCAUCCUAUCAUUUGGAACAUAACUAAUAUAAAAGAUGUAAAGCUUAAAUUAUAACAUUUGAUUUUUAGUAAAACAUCAUCCUCAUAUUCAAAUAGUAUCCCAAAUAGCUAAAUAGUACCUCACAUUUACCAAGAGGUAAAAAAUAGGUUAAAAAAAAAAGCUCAGACAUGAUUUGUUAUGCUGAUCACAGCAUGUUAAAAUUUUCACAGACAUUCUUUUUACAGUACCAUCUUUAAAAGCACACAUACAGAUUUGGUAAUUCCUUAACAUGUUUUCAUGUUAGAUUUCUUACCAGUAAAAUAUUAUUGUAAUUUCAUAUACACAAUCUAUACAAUAUAGUGGUGACUAUCUAUCAUAAUGAUACAAACUUCGACCUUAGCUUUUGAGUGUCAGGGCCUCACUUAUAUACACAUUAAUAUUAGCCUUAAAUAUUUCUGCAAACUCUUGUAACACCUGUCAUUGUAAACAAGUUUUCAAAAUCAAAGCAAUUUUUAAACAGUAGUAAAAUUGAGAUGUUCCGCAAUAUUAACACAUGGAAACAACAAAAUAUUCAACAUCCGUGGUUAAUUCUAUAUCUUUUAAGUACAAGUACAUGCUUUUAUGUUAAUUUUGUAUUUAUCCAGUAAAGAAUGUUAAGGAUAUAUGUACUCAAAAAGUAUUUAAAUUAAAAAACAACAAAAAACCUAACUGGGUAGUAUUUUACUUUUAAAUUCUUACUUCCAUGUUCAAUUAUAAAAAAUAUUUAAGAAAAUGUUAAAAAAAAAAAAAACACCUUCUUUAUGACAGUAACUUUUCAAGUAAAUUACAAUUUUAGAAUUUCUGCAAUAUGUUCUUUUAAAUGAACUUUGUACUGUAGUAUGUGAAACCAACAAAUAAAAUUCAGAGAUGCUUAUAAAAUGUACCACCUUUUAAGUUUUUUAAAAUAUAAAUUUAUUUAUUUUAAUUGGAGGUUAAUUACUUUACAAUAUUGUAUUGGUUUUGCCAUACAUCAACAUGAAUCUGCCACAGGUAUACCCGUGUUCCCC